AUGUCAUUUUCACAAAAUUUCUACUUAAUGACGUCUCAUAAUGUUUUGUUUGAUCCACCAAUACCAGAAGGUAAAAGGAUAAAUGUUGGGAAUAAUGAAACAAUAAUUGAAGAUCUUUCAAGUAUUUAUAAUUUAACAAUGUUUAAAAAUUUAUUUAGAAUUUAUUUUUCAAUGUUAUUGACACAAUACAUAUUAGUAUAUGCUUGUGUUCCUUUUGAAGAUAUUAAAAAUAGACCUGCAAUGUGUUUGAUUUCAAGUAUAUAUAUUUUAGUAAUGUUUACUAUCAACGCAUCAAUGCUUCCUUUAUGUUCAACUACUAUCCCAACUUUACUUUCAUUACGUUGUCUAUUUUGUUCGUUUGUAUUGGAAAUAAUUGGAUUAAUACUUAAUAUAAUUACGGUGGCUCAAUGUUUAAAAGUAGGUAAAAUGUUUCAAGUUGAAAAGAAAGAUCAGGUAGUUAUUAUCAAGAAUAAUGUUGAACUUUAUAUAAACAUUUUCAAUAUUACUGCAAUGGUUUUUUCAAUAUUCGCAACAAUUUCUGUAUUUUGCUUGUUAAUUAUUUGUGAAAAGGCUUUAGAAUAUAUUGCAAGUAAAAUUGAUAGAAGAGUUAUAAAACAAAACAAGAAAAAGCUUGAAAAAUUUACAUUAAGUACCGAUUCAAUGGAGAAAUUCACUCAACUUCAGAGUAAAUAUUUCACGUAA